CUUUACGGCCGCUGCCGCCCAGUACUUAUGCGCGGCUUCCAGCUGCUCGCGCACGCGCAGUGCGUCGCGUCCGUUUCCAUAGCGACGGAGAUGAGCGCGGAGCCGCCAGCGAUGGACGAACCGGAGGUGGACGCGGCCGUGGCGGAGAAGUACGAGAUGAAGAGACGGCUGGGAAAGGGGGCUUACGGCAUCGUAUGGAAAGCAAUUAAUCGCAGGACGGGAGAAAUAGUUGCAGUUAAAAAGAUUUUUGAUGCUUUCAGGAACAGAACAGAUGCUCAGAGAACAUUUCGUGAGGUUAUGUUCCUGCGGGAAUUCGGAGAGCAUCCAAAUAUCAUCAAGUUGCUUGAUGUUAUCCGAGCUCAGAACAACAAGGACAUCUAUCUCAUUUUUGAGUCUAUGGAGACAGAUUUACAUGCUGUGAUUAAGAGGGGGAAUUUGCUGAAAGACAUCCACAAAUGUUACAUUCUCUAUCAACUCCUGAAAGCCACUAAAUUCAUCCAUUCAGGAAACGUUAUUCACAGGGAUCAGAAGCCCUCAAAUGUCUUGCUGGAUGCAGACUGCUUUGUGAAGCUUUGUGAUUUUGGGCUGGCCCGUUCUUUAUGUCAGAUGGAUGAAGAGCAAAGCAGCCCUGCCUUAACAGAGUAUGUGGCCACGCGCUGGUACCGAGCCCCUGAGAUCUUACUUUCCUCCCGCAGCUACACUAAGGGGGUAGACAUGUGGAGCAUUGGCUGUAUCCUGGGUGAGCUGCUACUUGGAAAACCUCUUUUUCCUGGAACAUCAACCAUCAAUCAAAUAGAACAGAUCUUGAGGGUCAUUCCUGCCCCAUCCUCAGACGAUAUUAUGGCUAUGCAAUCAGACUACAGGGCCUCAAUUAUUGACCGCAUGGCUUCCAGGCAACGGGUAACAUUUGAGGAGAUUUUACCAUCCUCUACUCCUUUGCCUGCCUUAGAUCUUCUGAAGAAGCUUUUAGUGUUUAACCCUGAUAAACGGCUGACAGCAGAGGAGGCCCUUCAGCAUCCGUAUGUGAAAAGGUUUCAUUGCCCUGCCAGGGAGCCCUCUCUGGGUUAUGAUGUGAUUCUUCCUUUAGGUGAUGAUACUCAGCUGUCUGUGGCAGAAUAUCGAAACAAAUUAUAUGAGAUGGUCCUUGAAAAGAAAGUAAAUAGCCAUCCAAAGGAGCAAAUGCAGAGAGGAGACACUGAAUUAAGUCAGUCUCAACCCAGACCAUUCUUUCCAAAUUCCAAUCCUGCAACUUUAACCACCAGGAAAAGCCACAGAGUGGCAACGCCGCCUCUGCCAAAACAUCCACACACGGAUGCUGCAAGUACAGCCAAUGUCCAGGUAGAGGUAUCCAACCUGAACGAAGACUUCUCAACAUCUUUAUGUCAGAGAUCAAAGAUCAACGUGAUAUACAACCCCAUAACGCACUCUGCUGCUCAAACAGGUAAUGCAAAUUCUGGUGCUGUGAUCAGGACCUGUUCUGCACCAGCUCCUCAGCAAGGAAGAACCACCAGCAAUGGGAAGCAGAGGAGACAAAUUACGUGGGCAAAUGCAAAUACUCAGCUGCUUCCUACAAGCGUGCACAAGCUUUGCAGUAAUCCACGAAAUACUCAGUUGCACAGCAAAGAUGUUCAGCCCCUUCUGAAAUCCAGUAAAAAGAUGUUCCAUGUUACUGCCAAUGUGGGAGCUGCUGGGGAUCCGAAAGCAUCGAUGGGCAGUUACUCUCAGGCCUAUGGAACCAUAUGCAAAUCUGCACUGCAGAGCCUUCUGAUAUCCAAUUCCUCCCAGCAACACAAGGAGCCAAUAUGGAAGAGUUCAAACUAGGUCUCGUCAGCCCCCUAAUUAUCCGGGAACAGCAAAUGGGAGCUCAAUAUAAAAGGCAUUUGAAGUUGCCCCAGCCAAACAGAAAUUCAUAGCUUUCCUUGGGACAAAACAACAAGGAAAAGAAAUGAAUCCUUUUGCCUUCCAGUCUGCCCAACUAUUUGUUCCCACACCAUGCGAGUUCUGUCCAUAUUCCUUAAUUUCAUUGCUGCAAAACAUCACAGAAGGCCGCAAUGUUCCAUACAAAAAUGGUUGGACUAAAUGAUCCUGUAGGUCUUUUCCAACCUUGAUAAUUCUGUAAUUCUGUGAUACUUGGCUGUCUUCAGACAUACUCACAUUUCCUCAGUGGGGUCAGAGGUACUGCCACAGUCCAGGCCUCUUUUGAGCAGAACAAUUAACUGUCUGCUUCCUGAAGACCAAGGCUGAACUCUUCACAGAUAAUAUUAAAAACCUUCAUUUUAUAUCACACUAAUUUAUAUAUGACUCUUUCAGGGCAAGCGAAUGAGCCUGAAUAAACAAAAUCAGUGAUAAUUACUUUCAACACAACAAAGUAUAAAAGCAUUUUAAGCAUGGGUGGGCUCUGUUACGAUACUCAAUACUUUACCUGCCAUGCAUUAAUAAUGUCAGCACUGCAAUCAUAAAUCUUCUGUGUUGUGCUACAGAAAAAGUGUAUGGUUUGGUGGCCGUUUGAACUCUGUUGGAGGGAGAAAUACACAAGGGAUGUCCUGUUCAAUAUGUAAGAUGAUGGCAACUUCUUUUCUUUCAGAAAGCAAGAUUUGCUAUUGCUGCAGCACCAUGAAGCUGCCACCAGGCAGCAGUGGGACUACAGCGUCACAUCCCAUAGCUUUCAUUGGUCCUUUACAUAUAGUCCAUUUUAAAACUCUUUUCCUGGUCAAAUGCUGAUUCUUUAUACGUUCUUAUUUAAUGUCUAUCGGUCUCUGUCCAUGAAAUUGUACUUCACUUGAGAUGUUAGUGUUCUUAGCUUUGGAACUGUGGUUAAAGAGGGAAUCCAGGCAUUAAACUGCAAAAUAUGAGUUCUGCUGC